AGGAGGGGGAAGGAUGAACGAAGUCGGCCGCGGCUAUAAAAAGCUACCGCUGCGCUUAUCGCACACUCCUUCGGCCGAUUUCCCCGACAUCCGGUACGCGCAGACAUGAAUCUGACUCUUGCGCUGUCCUGCAUGAUCGCGAUCAUGUGGCUGUUCUGCGGAAGAUGUAAAGCAGCUCCUGGAUUAAUCACCGGCGUCCAUCGCAAUUUAGGAAAUCGCCCACAUAUCCGCGGAUACGCCGUGGAAGGUCUCGUGAAGGACCUGGUGGACGAUCUCGUCGGUGAAGACGAGGAUAAUUUGCGGCUAAGCAAGCGGCAGCAGCUGGACGAUUACGGUCACAUGAGAUUCGGCAAGCGGUCCAACGGCGACGAAGAAGAGUACGGGCAUCCGCGAUUCCGCAGAAAUAUCGAGUAAAACGCCAACACACCGGGUUUCUCUACAUCGUAGAUCGUUCACACACUCGUGCUAGAUGUAGAUAGAAUAUAUUUUACAUUGCAGCUAUUAUCGAUCGUGUCUCGUUAUUCUCUACCUCCUCCAGUUUCUUCAUCUUUGAUCUCGGUGCCGCGCGAAUUAAUCUGUGCUCUUCGAAAGUACGCAAUCUAUCUCGGAUUUAAUUCUGUAGCUUGCCGCGAUAUUGUAUUAGGAUAACAACACGUUAGCUUUUAUUUAUUGUGAAAAUAGAUGGAAUUUAUAAAUGGAGAAAAAUUAAACGAACAUUAUGAAAAGAUCUGACAAAUUAUAACAUCUUUUGUGAGUUAAAAUAUAUUGGAACUGAGACACGAUGAAGUGCAGAAAUAAAGUCAGCUCCCACUCGCCAA